AUGGACCAGAUAUUUCACAUAAGGACCAAUCUUAUGAAUCCCUACAUAUCCUGCAAAUUUGAGUUCACUAAUGUCAAGUGUAACUCUUUGGAUGAAAAAUUCGCUGGUUUUGAAUAUUGCUUUUUGAAAUCUGUGAAUCGGAGCUAUAAGUACCUCUCUUUAAGAGCUAAUUUGUUCAAAACUCCUGUCACAAAAGUCAAAAUUAAUGUUUCUUUAUAUAAACGAUUUAAUGGCUAUAGACCUUUUAUGUAUAAUAUUACAAUAGAUGGUUGCAACUUUUUAAAAAACCCUAAAUCGAAUGCUGCAAUGAAUUACUUGUUUGGGUUUUUCAAAAAUAAUUCAAAUGUAAAUCAUCCCUGCCCGUUUGACCAUGAUAUCAUAGUAGACAAGGUAGAUACAAACUUGGCUAAUUACCAAGUCACCAAAGUUCUCCCUGUUCCAGAGGGCGACUACCUCGUAGAAACUCAUUGGAUGGCCUACGAUAUAGAUCGAGCGAUUGUAAAAAUUUAUUGUUCUGUAUCCUAG